GCUAAAACUAAUUUAGAGAAAGAUUGUUAAGCCUAAAAUGGCAAAACAGCAAAGUUUUUUAUGCUUGGUCAUCACCAUUUUUGUUUGUUUUAUAGUUGUAGCAUUUGAAACUAAACAGGUAGAAGGAGCUUUGAAUGGCGAUGGAUGGAGAAAUGCUCGUGCUACAUUUUAUGGAGACGAAACCGGUGGCGAAACCAUGCAGGGAGCUUGUGGCUAUGGAAAUUUGUUCCACCAAGGGUAUGGCCUGGAAACAGCAGCACUAAGCACAGCACUUUUUCACAAUGGGGCAACCUGUGGAGCUUGCUUUGAAAUAAUGUGCGUAAAUGCUCCUCAAUGGUGCAAUGCAGGGGUAAAAAUUACAAUAACAGCCACCAAUUUCUGCCCUCCAAAUUACACAAAAACUGUAGAUGUUUGGUGUAAUCCUCCCCAAGAACACUUUGAUUUAUCAGAGCCAAUGUUUUUAAAAAUAGCCAAAUAUAAAGCAGGGGUUGUCCCUGUAGUUUAUAGGAGAGUCAAGUGCCAGAAAAAAGGAGGGAUUAAGUUUGAGAUUAAAGGGAAUCCUUAUUGGAUUCUUGUUCUUGUUUACAAUGUGGGAGGUGUUGGAGAUGUGGCCAAUGUCAAAAUUAAAGGAUCUAAAACUGGUUGGAUUACUAUGUCGAGAAAUUGGGGCCAAAAUUGGCAAACUUCUGCACAAUUGAUAGGACAGAGCUUGUCUUUCCAAGUACAAACUAGUGAUGGCCAAUGGGUUCAAUCUGAUAAUGUUGUUCCUGCUAACUGGCAAUUUGGUCAGAAUUUUGAGGCGACGAAUAAUUUUAACUCUUGA